AUGUCUCCACCUAUCAUCACCAGACCCCCAGCCAACCCUCCAUGCCCAAACACACACCAGCCCAUGUCGUCCAACCUCAUCCACCUAACCCCAACCCAAACACCAGCCCCAUGUCUUAAAACCUCAUCCACCUACCCCCAGCCACCCCCACCCCAAACACCCACCCCAUGCUGUGUUCAAACCUCAUCCACCUACCCCCAACCCAAACACCAGCCCCAUGUCUCAACCUCAUCCACCUACCCCCAGCCCAAACACCAGCCCCAUGUCCCAACCUCAUCCACCCUACCCCAACCACCCCCACCCCCAGCAUGUCCCAACCUCAUCACCUACCCCCAGCCCAAAACCGCCCCAUGUCUCAACCUCAUCCACCUACCACCACCCCCAGCCCAAACACCGCCCCAUGUCUCAACCUCACAUCCACCAUACCCCCAGCGCACCCCAAACACCAGCCCCAUGUACUCAACCUCAUCCACCUUACCCCCAACCAAAACACCAGCCCCGAUUUCUCCCCACGCACAAGCAUGCAUCCACCUACCCCAGCCCAAACACCCAGCCCCAUGUUCAACCCCCAUCCACCUACCCCCAGCCCAAACACAGCGCCCCAUGUCCAACCUCAUCCACCUACCCCCAGCCCAAACAACCAGCUCCAGACCUUCCCUCCUCCAUACCUCCCCCAGACCCCAAACACCAGCCCAUGUCUCAACCUCAUCCACCUACCCCCAACCCCCAACCCAAACACCCGCCCCAAUGUCCCACGCCUCAUCCACCACCCAACCCCGAACCCAAACACCCAGCCCCUUGUCCUUAAAACCUCAUCCACCUACCCCGCAGCCCCCGCCAGACCCCCAGCCCCAUUCAACCUCAUCCACCUACCCCCCCAACCAAACACCAGCCCCAUGUCCCAACCUCAAUCCACCUACCCCCAGCCCCAAACACCAGCUCCCAUGUCCCAACCUCAUCCACCUACCCCAACCCAAACACAGCCCCAUGCUCCCAACCCUCAUCCACCUAACCCCCACGCCGCCCAAACCACACCUCCAGUCCCAACCCCCCUACACCAGAUCCCACCUCUACCCCCAAAACCCAAACACCAGCCUCCAUGUCUCAACCUCAUACCUCCAGCCCAACACCGCCCUGUCUGAUCUCACCCUACCUACCACCCGCAACCCCCAAACACCAGCCCCAUGUCUCCAAACCUCAUCCACCUACCCCCAGCCCAAACACAACCAGCCCCAUGUUCUCAACCUCAUCCACCAACCCCCAGCCACCCCAGCCCAAACACCAGCCCAUGUUUCAACCCUCAUCCAACCACCCCAGCCCAAACCACCAGCCCCAUGUCUCACCUCAUCCACCUACCCCAAAACCACCAGUAAACCUACCCCUCUCCCCGAGACCACGCAACACCCCCACGCCAUGUAA